UAUUAUGAAUCUUAAAAAAAAUUGACAAUUGUUUUGUUUCUAUUACCUGCUAAUAGAAUUGGGUUUAAUUUGCAAAUGUAGCUUGAUUUAAACUCUAUCACCCAACAGAAGAAAUAUUUUGCCUUAACUGAAUUGCUAGCUCUCAGUGGGUUUGAGUGGAAUGAAGAGAAAAUGAUGUUGGCUUGUGAGAAAAGUGCGUAUGACGAGGCUACGAAGGGUAAAAAGGAUGCAAGUGGAUUGUACGAUAAGCCUUUUCCGCACUACCACAGUUUGGGAGAGAUUUAUGCAAAAGAUCGUGCUAUGGGUGCAAAUGCUGGUAACGCUGAUGACGAUGAAGAAGAAGUUAGACUUGAAGAUGCCAAUGUCAAUCAACAUGAAGGUGAGGAUGAAAGUGGAAAUGACUUUGAUACUUCUUUCUCAGUACCAAAUACCCAACAACAAAGGAAUGCAGAAAGUAACACAUCAAACAUUAGUCGCAAAAGGACAAGAGUAGCGGAUGAAAUGGCCAAGCAAUUCUCUAUUAUGGCUAAAGCUAUAGCCGAUGUGGGACCUAAGAUUGAUGGUCUAGUUCAUGCACUGUCAACCGAUAUAAAUCUGACCGAAAUGCAAACAAAAACUUGA